AUGUUUUUAACUUUAUUUCAACGUUACUUUAAAUCUUUCAUUCUUUCUUGCUCCCUUUUCUUUUCUACCAUUUUACAAACCUGCUUGUCUUCUUUAUUUUUUUUUCUUUCUUUUCUGCCUGUUUUUCUUUCUUUUCUACCUGUUUUUCUUUCUUUGUUUCUUUCUUGUUUUUCUUUUCUACCAUUUUACAAACCUGCUUGUCUUCCAUACAUACAUCUUUCUUUCUUUCUUUCUUUCUUUUUGUGCUUUUUUCUACCAUUUUGCAAACCAGAUUGUCAGUUUCUUUCUUUCUUUCUUUCUUUCUUUCUUUCUUUCUUUCUUUCUUUCUUUUGUGCUUUUUUUCUACCAUUUUGCAAACCAGAUUGUCAGUUUCUUUCUUUCUUUCUUUCUUUCUUUCUUUCUUUUUUUUCUUUUUUACCAUUUUACAAACCUGCUUGUCAUCUUUGUCACUUUCUUUCUUUUUGCAUACCUUGUUAUCUUUCUUUCUUUUCUACCAUUUUACAAACCUGCUUGUCAUCUUUCUUUUGUUUUCUUUCUAUCUUUCACUAUACAUUUUUAUAUUUUCUUUCUUUCUUUUUUCUUACUUUCUUUCUCUCAUUCCAUAUAGGACGGUAA